CCGCACAAUCACGCGCCUCCGCCUUCUUCAGUCAUGCUGUGGAUCGUCUGGAACGUAUCUAUCUCUUCCCGAACCCUCAUCAUCUCUUCUGCUCGCCAUGUCCGAAACUGUGAUUCGUGAGGUCGCCAAAGACGUGGUGACUUUCUCCAAGCCGUUUUCUCGGUUCGGCCUUGUACCUCUCGGCGGUCGCUCGACGGCGAUCAAGCUCAAGGCAGGAGGCGUAUGGGUCCUCGCGUCCACACCUCUUGAUACGGAGACCAAGACACGGAUCGACGCUCUCGGUCCCGUGAAAUACAUCGUCGGCGCAGACGCUGUCCACCACCUCUUCCUGAGCGACUUCAAGCAGGCGUACCCUGACGCCAAGCUUAUCGCGCCAGCGCCUGCGAUAGAGCGGCACGGCGAGAAGGACCUCAAGUUCGACGGAGCCUGGGGUAGGGACCCUGCAGACACCAAGUAUGGCUUCGAAGACGAGAUCGAGCACUGCUACUUCUCCGCGUUCAAGAAUAAGGACGUCGCGUUCCUGCAUAAGGAUAGCAAAUCUCUGAUUGAGGCGGACCUCUUAUUCAACUUGCCGCCCAAUGAGCAGUACUCGAAGAGCAAGCCCGCAGCGAGGCUGCCGUUCCAGCUGACGCCGUUCAGCUGGUUGCACGCGAAGUUUACCUGGUCGAUGGCGGAGGAUGUUGAGACAAUGAAGCGCGACGCGCACAAGGUCGCGAACUGGAAUUUCGACAGGAUUAUCCCUUGCCAUGGGGACGUCAUCGAGACUGGCGGCGUUGCGGCAUGGAAGGCGGCGUACAAGAAGUACUUCGAGUAAUCUGGUCACUCCUUCCGGGAUUCUCGGCUGGACUACGCGUCCAGACGGCUAGCCGAUGCCCUU